AUGGCGGCCCGCAGGUUGAGGCAGUUGCUACGCGGCGGCGGCGUCUCCUCCUUCUCUCAGCUCGUCCCCGGCCCCUGGCUCUCUCGGGCCGCCUGUUGCCGCCGCUACAGCAGCAGCAGGAGUAGCAGGAGCAGCCUGUACGACCAUGUGAGGGAUGGCUACUCCGAUAGGCCUUGCCUGGACAUGGGCACCGUCUGCGCCCGCACACAGGCCGUGCUGGACAACGUGGGGCAACGCAAGGGGGAGCUGACCGGGCCGGACGUGUCUGACAUCGUGUCUACGUGGCAAAAAUUAACAAAAGUAAAAGAGGAAAUUGAGAAGUUGGAGAAUGAGAAAAGCGAUAUCAGUGUUUCAGUUAAAGCUCUUCUGGAUAAGGAAAACAAAAAAACACUUCAAUCACAUCCUGAUUUCUCACGGCUGCGAAAACGGGGGAAGGAAAUUCGCUUGGAAUUAAAUGUACUCUAUGAUCAAGAGAAUCAGCUGGAUGAACGAUUCUAUCUGAAAGCAUUGAAGCUACCCAACUGGACUCAUCCUAGUGUGCCCAUAGGUGACGAAAGCCAGGCUGUUGUGGUUGAAAUGGUUGGGGAGAAACCAGUGUUUGAUUUUAAACCCAAGGGUCAUUUGCAAAUUGGCGAGGAUCUGGACAUUAUCAGACAAAGGCGGCUCUCGCAUGUGUCCGGUCAUCGAUCCUACUACCUCCGAGGAGCAGGCAGCGAACUGCAGCUCGCCUUGGUCCAAUUCACAAUGAACAAGCUGCUUAAGAAGGGAUUUGUUGCAAUAACCGUUCCAGAUAUGCUGAAAGGGGCUGUGUUUGAGGGCUGUGGGAUGAGGCCCAACGCCAAGUCCUCCCAGGUUUACCAGCUCGACCCCACUCGCUUUGAAGACCUCUCUCUCGCGGGGACAGCCGAAGUCGGCAUCGCAGGGUACUUCAUGGAUCAUGCCGUUAACAUCCAGGAUCUGCCCAUGAGGAUGGUGUGCAGUAGUACUUGUUACCGUGCAGAGACAGACACGGCCAGGGAGCCUUGGGGUCUCUACAGAGUUCACCACUUCACCAAGGUGGAGAUGUUUGGAGUGACGGCUGCAGAGACUGGAACCGAGAGCACGGAGUUACUGGAUGAGUUUGUGUCGCUGCAGAAAGAAAUCUUCUCUGAUCUUGGACUCCAUUACAAACUCCUGGAUAUGCCAACUCAGGAACUUGGGCUGCCUGCUUACCGCAAGUUUGACAUCGAAGCCUGGAUGCCCGGAAGGGGAGAUUACGGAGAGAUUUCCAGUGCCUCUAACUGCACAGAUUACCAAAGCAGAAGGCUGAAUAUCAUGUACUAUGAUGAAGCACCUCUGUUGAAGCAUGCUCACACUGUCAACGGGACAGCGUGUGCGGUUCCCCGCACUCUGAUCGCUCUGUUGGAAUGUAACCAGAGGAAGGAUGGAAGUGUUCGUGUCCCGACGGUCCUGCAACCGUACCUCGGAAGAGAAGGGAUCACUCACCCCGGACACAGCCCCCUGCGUUAUAUUGGACCCAACCAGUACCAGAGGAAUCUUAGCAAGACGGAAUGAGGUCCAGAUGCAUCUCAAGUCGAGUCAAGUUUAUUCGUCACACACACGUACGAGAUGCGCAGUGAAAUGAAAAGUGGCAAUGCCCGCGGACUUUGUGCAAAAAACAAACAAACAAACAACCAGAAUAGAAUUUGAGGAUCCCUUCAAUCUACUGGCUGUGAUUCAGUGAAACAGCAGCUAUGGAGGCUUGAUGGGAGACCAUUGGACUCUUUGGACAACCUCCGGUUUUUCUCUCUCACUCUCCCUUCAAUAGCUGGCCGUGGAAGUGCCUCACCUCGAGCUCGAUCAUCAGAAGAGAGUCUCUUUCUCCUCCUGCACCCGACUCAGAGAUGGGCCACGAACUCUCGCCGGGAUGGGAGAGAAGAGAAGAGAAGAGAAAAGAUGGUGGUAGGGGGAGCAGCAAUGGCGCAGACAAUUGUUGGGGAGGGGGACUAAUUGGAACUUGAACAUUCUCCUGAACCAAAGAUGGGAUCGAUAAGUAAUCAAUCCAGAGCAGAUAUCCUUCCUUUAUCCACAGUGUGUGAAGAUUAGUUGCAUCUGAUGUUUUUUUCUCUUUGAUAAGAGGACUCUUUCACCCCUUGUUUCUGCAGCAUUACAUGCUCCAAAACUAACCAGCCGUCAACCACAAUCAGCUACUCUUUGGUGGCUGAACCUGCCCCUUUUAAGUUUUACCACCAGAAACUGGUUGGCAGUAUGCGCCAGUUUGGUAUCAGGCCCCUGUGAGGAGUCAGCGUUAACACUGGCAAGGCUGGCAUUCCCGAGACCACGACCACGCCUCACUGGAUUGUUCUGAUGAUGGGGUUGUGGCUGGACAUGGAGGUCCAGAGUUCUUUAGUGGGAGUGAAGCAGUGACCAUCCGAUUUACUCUGGUCCCUUAACACUCAUCCUUGCGCGGCACGGUGGUAGAGCUGCUACCCUACAGUGCCACGGGUCCGGGUUCGAUCCCGACUACGGGCGCUGUCUGUACGGAGUUUGCACGUUC